AUGUUCUCGCAGUGGAAACGCAAACGCCACUAUCCUAUGGAUGCUGGCCCCUCGGUGAUUCCGAUGAGCUCUUCUCAACCCGCCUCGCCCGUUUCGACGUUGUUUCCUCGCACCGACACGCCUCGAUCCAUACCACCCCAGUCCUUUCAAGGUCGCCCUACCGGCGUCAAGACGUUCGGCAAGGUUGUCAUCGGCAAAGGCACGCGACGAAGACCAGCGACUCGUGAAGGCUCGCAUGGCACCCCAUCGCCCAUGAGCUUUGCUGCUGGUCCUCGCAAUUCGAGCAGAGGCACCAACGAUCUUGAGUUUGGUGGAGGUGUCGUGCCAGACGAUUCGCAAUCGGAUGCGGAUCUAUCCGAUUCGUCCAUGUCUCCCAUCACGCCUCAAAACAUAGCCAGUACCAUCGGCAAGCAAAGCAGGCAUAGCAUCUCUUCAGUCAUAAGUAGCGACCGUGCCACACCAUUCUCACCCUCCAAAGUCACCCAUCCUUCGUCUGACGAUCUAAGUGCUCGUGUCCGCACCAAUUCCAUCGACUCGGAUUCGGUCGGCAGCCUCAACGACUUUCGCACCUUGAUCUCCUUCUCCUCGCCUCCUGACCUCCUCGAUCGAGAAAGUCCUGCCUUGACCCCUUCCACCACCUUGUCCACCCCCGACGUUACCUCUACCGUGGCCGCUACCAUCAACAAGUCUGCCCGUGUUCCGAUCGCAGAUCAACCUCAGCCGCUCCUUCCUGCAUCCUCAUUGGCAGCAGCCGAGCCAAAUCUGCUCAUAUCUUCCUUCAAGAUCAGCGCUACAGACAGCCUCGAAGCAGGAAGGAAACCGUACAAAAGGGUGCCACCCAACGUUGCCUCAAUCGGUACGGACGAAUCUCCGAACAACGGCGCCCGCCGUGGAUCCACUCCCACUAGUGUUCCCGAAUCUGUCUCCCAAUGUGGCUCGUCCCAACUUCCGUGCGAAGAGUUCCAAUCGCCAGGUCAGGCAAGAUUUGCCCUGGACACGAUGCGUGGUCACGAAGAAAGCACACAACGAGGCUCGCAAGUCGCAGCCACCUUUGGCCUUGGUAUCAGCAGCGCUUCGGAGCAGACUCAGGCCGCCUCUUCAUGUAGCAGCCGUGCCAAUCACCCCUUUCCCUGUCGCAGCAUCAGCACGCACCGCCACACCAAAACCACCAGCGACCUGUCUGCCAACAGCUCUGUGGACAGCUGGGGCCCUGCCUCGUUCGGUCACGACAGUCUUCGCAUGUCGCUCGAGACAGAUCGGCUCAACGAGCCAACAAAGACUGCCUCAUCAUCCUCGAUCAAGACGCACAGGACCUACGUCAGCGACAGCGACCACAGCGCGACCACAGUAGAGACGAGCACUGACGUUCCCGACAUCGACCCCUUGUCACCCAUCAAGGAGCACACCGAGUCGCCAGAUCCCACGCUUCAUCAGCACACGUCACCUGUCAUUGGUCUCAGCCGGUCGCCAACGGCGGCAUUUUCCGAAGCUUGCGGAUUCACCUCUUCGGUAGUGUCCGCUAGGUCUGACGAGAUUCGUUCUGCAUCGCACUCACAGCAAUUUGCUCGCUCGCCGGACCAUUUGGUCGGCCUAAAUGAAAUUCGGGAGGGUCAAUGGGACAACCAACAGACUGCUUCCAACUCUUUCUUGCCAACUUCAGCCGAUAGUAUGAGUUCACCGAGUUGUGACGCUUCCACAAAAAGCGUGUCGCAAUUGUCUGCCACAGGUGGACUGCUGCCCCCUCUGGAACUUGAAGACUCCGUUCAGAGGACGCAUGCACGCAGUGCAUCUAACGCUUCCUGGACCUAUUCACGCAAAUUCUCGUCCGAGCAGUACAGCACAACCGGCCCUCGCCGUGGCUCCGCUGAUACAGCCUUUCAGGUCACCAACCAUCGCUUGCUCCCAGAGACUUACACUGCUCCCCUGCCAUCGCAGCCGUUUCCUCUGUCGACGUCCAUCUCGGUACCGAUGCUUCCAGCCGAUUUUGCACGAUCGAAACCUCAAGCAUCAGAGCCAAACACUCCCAAUCUAGCCUACGAAGCAGCGCUAGCCAAAGCGGUGGGCAUGCAGAGGAAGCAUCGACCCGCAGCAUUGGCACUCAACCAUGCAGCAUUAUCCGCGUUUGCCCCUAGCGGGUCCAUAGAAUACUCCUUCACGCUCGAUAAGAACGGAUGCUCCUUCGCAUCACCCAGCAGUUUCGCCUUCAAAGGAAUGGUCAGUCCUGGCAGAACGCGUGCUCCACCCCCCUCGGCUCCACCAGCCGAACCGCUGCCACCCAUUCCCAUCACCCCCUCACUCACGCCAAAGAGCCCAAGUGUUCGACAACGUACCGAAUCGUGUGCCACUUCUGUCAGCAGCACGAAAACGUUUGGAGCCGACGCCAAGGAUCCGCUCGCAACACCAACGCAAGUACAUUCUUCGUCUUUCAGUGCAAAAGAGCAAUCUCAGGAUCAUUCGCCACGUCUGGACCCGGCUUCAGCUGCUACUUUGGCGAACGCGAUUUCUGGCGUACAGCCCCUGACCGCUUCUGAGAGCGCGAAUCAGAUUAGGGCUGCAACGCAGAUCGAGACGGAAUACCAAGGCCCUAUCCAAAGCAGUUCGUCUGUUUUGCCACCAGCAGAGGAAGGCCCGUCCCGCCCGUCAACCGCCGUGUCGGCAGAGGAAAGCUCGGACAGCACAGCAACCUUGGAAGUGGCUCAAAUAGUCACUCGAACUCCCAUUCGGCCUGCGCGACUGUCAAUGAGCAACAAGGGCAACGAUCUGCAGGAGACAAGCAAGACGGCCGCACCUGCCGUUGUUGCCGCUGAGCAUGCUGAUGGACAGAUUGCCUCGCCCAUUAUAAAAUCGCGCCUUCUCAAAGGUACAGCGCUUGUCACUACAGCUAACGUCGACGCGGAAAAGUCUAGCUCGACUGAGGCAUCGAGUCGAAAGGUCUCUGACAACACGCCACAGAAGCAGACUACUCAGUUCUUGCCGUCUUCGACGCAACGCACAUCGUCUGUAGACAAGCCAUCCCGCCCACCUCCGAGCGCAUGGACUAGGCGCGGCGUUGGCCCGAUUGCGCAUACAGACACCUCGACUCGGAACGCCUCUGAUGCGGGUCACGGCGGCGACGAGGAGCCUCGCGGCGGCGCAAGCAGCGUCGCCAGCUGUCACUCUACCAUUUCGAACAUUAGCGAUCGUCGUAUGGAAGUGCUGCAAGAUAAGGAAGCGCUGCUUUCAGCGCUGAGCGAGUCUUCGCGCAAAGAAUUCAUGAAGCGCGCUCAGGGACGUUUCGCCGGAGCGUUCAGCGAAGUGUCGGCAGCAUUCCGACAGCUGCAAGCAGACAAGUUGCUGUUGGAGCAGAUUGUGCGCGAAAAGACACCGCUGGUGGGCGUUGGGACCAACCACGAAAUGCUCAGCAGCUACCUUUCGGCGAUGAAUGCCAAAGUGGAGCAGAGCAACGCCGAGAUUCGCAAGCUGCUGGAUCUGCUCGAACAGCAACGAGAGGUUAUGGAUCAGAUGAUGGCCACGCACCAGUUGCAGAGGGACACGUACGAGGAAGAUCUGAAUCAUAUGCACACGGCGAUGCAACAGGCACAGGUGGAAGCGGAAAAUGGUCGAGCGGAGGUGGUCAAGCUGAACGAGGAGCUGACGAAAGCGCAUGCGCAGCUGGUGCAGGCGAGCGCCGAGGCGAUGCGUGCCAGGACGACGCUGGCGGAAGAGGGCAGGAAGAGGGAGAAAGUGGUAGUGCUGUUGAGGCAGGCGAAAGAGCGGUUGAGGGAGGUCGAGGCGGAGCAGCAGCAGCAGCAGCAGCAGCAACAGCAAUGUGAGCGCGGACUCGGCCAUGACGAGUUGGAGCACGUCGAACGACUCUCGGAAGAUGACAUGGGGCUGUCACGGCAUUCAGCGUGCGCAGAAAGCGAGGCGGAACAACUACGACGGAUGCUCGCCGAGCGUGAUGCCGAGAUCUCGGCCCUGCGCCUCUCGCACGCUGACUCGCUGAUCAACUCGCCGCCUCUGCCACCGGCGUCGGGGUCGACUUCGGCGUCAGCGGAGCUUGAUGCUUGCUAUUCAGGCACGAGCCCAAGCCCGAGCCCGAGCUCAGAGCUCGAGCAGCUGCGUGAGCAGCUAUGCUCGCAGCGCGAGCGCGAACGGCACAUCCGGAGCGCGUACCUGUACGUGCGCGAAGAACUGCGCAAGGUGAAUCUCGAGCGACGCCGCUCGUCGAUGCACGGUUUAGUGUCACCCGCGAGCGCAGCUGCAGCUGGAGCUGCAGCCCGAGUGGAUGGCUCGCCUUCGCCGCGCACGAGGGACGAUACGGCGGUCAAGUUGAAGCGUCUGAGCUUGCCGAUCGUCGCACGUGCGUCAGCCAUCGCGCUGGCGAGUGCAGGUUACGCCGAGUCUGCAUUUGCAGACCAGCAGGACGCAAGGAGCUCCAAACCAAGUUCGCCACCAAGCGCCUUUCGGCCACCGUCUAGUCAGUGGCCACAAGCCUGA